UCGUUUACUCUUGGGCUCAGAGGCAGCCUGGCAGACUGCGGAGCCAGAAUGAAGGUUCUGAACCAUGUGCACACCUGCAGUAUCUUCCUGGUCUUGCCCUCACUGCUGCUGACUGUCCUCCAGACUGCCACGGCCCAUAAGAAUGGCAUUGACAUCUACAGCCUCACUGUGGACUCCAAGGUCUCGUCCCGAUUCGCUCAUACGGUCGUCACCAGCCGCGUGGUCAACAAGGCCGAUGCCGUGCAGGAGGCCGUCUUCCAGAUGGAGCUACCCAGGAAAGCCUUCAUCACCAACUUCUCCAUGAUCAUCGACGGUGUCACCUACCCAGGGACUAUCAAGGAGAAGGUUGCAGCCCAUGAGCAGUACACUGCGGCUGUGAGCAGAGGCGAGAACGCCGGCCUCAUCAAGGCCACAGGGAGAAAGAUGGAGGAGUUCCAAGUGUCGGUGAGCGUGGCUCCUGCUGCCAAGAUCACCUUCGAGCUAGUGUACGAGGAGCUGCUGAGGCGGCACCUGGGCAUGUACGAGCUGCUGCUGAGGUUGCAGCCCCAGCAGCUCGUCAAGCACCUGCAGAUGGACAUUCACAUCUUUGAGCCUCAGGGCAUCCGCUUCCUGGAGACGGAGAGCACCUUCAUGACCAAUGAGCUUGCCGAGGCCCUUACCACCUCACAGAAUGAGACCAAGGCUCACAUCCGCUUUAAGCCAACACUCUCCCAGCAGCAGAAGUCUCCAGAACAGGAAGACACAGUCCUGGACGGCCACUUCAUUGUCCGCUAUGAUGUGAACCGGACCGCCUCUGGGGGCUCUGUUCAGAUCGAGAAUGGCUACUUUGUGCAUCACUUCGCCCCAGAAGGCCUGCCCACAAUGCCCAAGAAUGUGGUCUUUGUCAUUGACAAGAGCGGUUCAAUGGUCGGCAGGAAAAUCCAGCAGACCAAGGAAGCCCUCAUCAAGAUCCUGAGUGACCUCAGCCCCAGAGACCAGUUCAACAUCAUUGUCUUCAACUCAGAAGCAACCCAGUGGAAGGAAUCACUGGUGCCAGCCUCCGAGGAGAAUGUGAGCAUGGCCAAGAGCUAUGCUGCCACCAUCAUCGCAGCUGGAGGAACCAACAUCAACGACGCGACGCUGGCGGCUGUGCGGCUGCUGGACCACAGCAACCGGGCUGAGCUCCUGUCCGCCGGGAGCAUCUCCCUCAUCAUCCUGCUCACUGAUGGCGACCCCACUGUGGGGGAGACCAAUCCUAAACAUAUCCAGAAGAACGUGAAGGAAGCCAUAAACAACCAGUAUAGCCUCUUCUGCCUCGGCUUUGGCUUUGAUGUCAGCUAUGCGUUCCUGGAGAAGAUGGCUCUGGACAAUGGUGGGCUAGCUCGACGCAUCUACGAGGACUCGGACUCUGCCCUGCAGCUCCAGGACUUCUACCAAGAGGUAGCCAAUCCACUGCUGAGAGACGUGGCCUUUGAGUAUUCAAGCAAUGCUGUGGAGGAGGUCACGCGGGACAACUUCCGCCACCACUUCAAGGGCUCAGAGAUGGUGGUGGCUGGGAAGCUCCGGGACCAGAGCCCUGACGUGCUCUUGGCCAGAGUCCGUGGACAGAUGGAUACGCAGAACAUCACGUUCCAGGUAGAGUCCAGCACGGCUGAGCAGAAGGAGUUGUUCCAGACGCCCAAGUACAUCUUCCACAAUUUCAUGGAGAGGCUCUGGGCAUACCUGACCAUCCAGCAGCUGCUGGAGAAUUUUGUCUCCGCAUCAGAGGUCGAGUCUGAGGCCCUCAAGAACCGAGCUCUGAAUCUGUCACUGAACUACAACUUCGUCACUCCCCUCACAUCUAUGGUGGUCACCAAACCUGAAGGCCAGGAACAGUCUUCAGUUGCGAACAAGCCCGUGGAGGACGAUAAUAGACGGAGGCAUUUCCACAUAGGAGGUCACGGCUCCAAAUUUCGUUCCAAGUCAAAAGGAUGGUCUAGAACACCAGUUUCAGGAGCUGCACCUGUUGGUGCCGCUCAGAGACAUGGACAGCCUGGACCUCCUGACUUGCUGCAGGGAAGACCUGGACCUCUUCUUCCUCCUUCCUUCCCGCAUCAGACCUCAGAAAUACCAACAGCCAUGGACCAGUACGCACCUUCUAUGAGGCAUUUUAUUCUCUCAGAACCAGAUCCAGGAUUGUUGCAUCGUGUCAAAAUAAAUGCCAAAGUACUACCUACAAAAGCCCCAGCUCCAGCUUCUGUCCAGCAUCCUGCCGUCAUCCUGCUGCUGCCUGAGCCCAUCGCGGACCCAGUCUGUGUGGACAUGAGACAAUCUCAGGGCCCCAUGGACCUGCUUUUGGACCCUGACCAAGGGCUUGAGGUUUCGGGCCAGUACAACGCAGACAAGGCUGGGUUCUGCUGGAUCGAUGUGAUCUUUAAGAACCCCCAGCUCCAGGUUCAUGUGUUGCCCGAACGUGUGGUGGUGGUCCGGAACCGAAGAAGCUCUGCGUAUGCGUGGAAGGAGACCCUGUACUUGGUGUUGCCUGGCAUGAAGGUGACCAUGGACGAGAAGGGGCUCCUGCUGUUCAGUGGCCCAGACAAAGUAACCAUCAGCCUGUCUCACAAUGGCCCUGAGAAGGGACUCCUGCUCUUCCUGCGUGACACUGACCGCUUCUCCAGCCGCGUCAACGGGACCCUCGGCCAGUUUUACCGGGAUGUGGUCUGGGAGCCAGCAGAAGCUGCAGAUGACAGCAGACGUGUGCUGAGGGUUCAGGGGAAGGACUACUCUGCCACCAGAGAACUCAAAUUUGAUUACCAAAAAGGGAAGGAGAUUUCCUGCUGGUCGGUGGAGUUGUAGUUCAGAUAAGAGGAGCCUGUACCUCAGCCUGCCACCUUGUGGCCGCAGGGUCACCUGUGGGGCCUGGACCACAAUGGGAAGGAGGGUUCCCCCUUGUUACAAAUAAAGAAAAACGGUGUGAGCCUA